AUGUGGAGUCAAACUUCCAGUAAGACCUACCAAGUGAUGCAGUGUCUCCCUUUAGCUUCUUACCUUCUGGCCCUGAAUCUCACAACACUGGACUUCCUGUCCCUCGACAUCCAAGGCUUUGAGGAGGAGGUUCUUUAUUCGAUUCCCUACGACAAAGUCAAAGUGAGGGUCAUUGCUGUGGAGUUUGUAAUCCAGGAUGACAAUGGUGAUCUUUACUUGGGUGAAAUUGAUCGCAAUUUUGUCAAAAAUAUGAAAAGUAAAGGGUACUUCCUCGUCGAUUUUGACCAUGAGAGGAAUGCAUCCGAAGAAGAGGUGAGAGAGGCCGACCAGCUCAACACGAGGAAACCCCUACCGGACGUUGCCAUAGCACGAAGAGUAUGGCACAAAUACACGGGCAAGAAAUGGCAAGGCCUCCAGCUACCCGUGUUGACAUCCAUUCCUCUGGGUCGCCUUGGCAACUUCAUGGGCCAAUACGCCACUCUCUUAGCUCUUGGACGCAUCUACGGAGCCACAGUCAGGCUCCAUCCCGGUAUGCGGGACGAAAUGAUAAACAUAUUCCCCGAUAUUUCCAUGAAUCUUCUUCCAGGACCUUUCAAUCGUUCCGAGUGGAUUCUAACUGAUUAUGUGAGCAUCAUCAACCACGCAAGCUACGAAGCCGCUGCAGCAGGGUUACUCGGAGCCAAGCGAUUUUUGCUAAUAGGCCAUCCAUUCGAAAUUCAGCUCUUCAAUACAUUUCGAGAAGACAUCAUAAAGGAGUUCACUUUUUCGAAAGAUAUCCAAAACCAGGUUAAAGCCUUCUGGACUCAGCACAAAAGGAAUGAUUCAGAAGUGAUUGUGGGGUUUCAUGUAAGGAGAACUGAUUAUAUUAAUUUUAUAAAGAUGUUUCAAUCGAAGAUGCCCGAAUACGCCUACUUCCAGCGAGCAAUGGCCCACUACAAAAAUAAAUUUCCGAAGGUUCGAUUUCUCGUGGCAUCGGACGACAUGGAUUACGUCAAGAAGGCUUUUGCCGAUUAUUCGGACGUGCUCUAUACGCCAGGGUCUCCCCCGGAACUAGACAUGGCCCUUUUGGCUUCCGGUAACCACAGCAUCAUCACAGUGGGGAGCUUUGGAUUCUGGUGCGGCUAUCUCGCCGGCGGGGAGGUGGUCUACCCCAACCUUACUGCCAGGCACGACUUCCUAUUCCAGAAGAGUUGGUACGACCUCGGACACCUCGAUUUCUUUGUACCUUUACCGUCACACUGAUACUUGAAAAGAAAGUAAAUAAAUAAAAAUGGUAGUCUUAUCCAAGUCAUCAAACUGGAUGGAGUAACGGCAACGAUUUACUCAUGGAAAGAAGUUGAUUGAUUAGCCGAGCACCUAUCUCCAUACAUGUAUUUAGAUCUGAAUAAAUGAACUUCUUGACCAUCGAUAGGGUCUAUGUGCGUGUGGCUUUGGGUCACAAUGUGGCCCGAGAAUCCAACAGUUUUGAGGGAGCAAAUCGGUCUGUGGGGUCGAGACCUUGUUCAGAACGUAUUUGAAUCAAUACCUCAGGGAUUUCUGGAAAAAGCAGCGAGUCGUUUUUCGCCACGGAUUCCAACCCAGGUCUUGCCAGUUUUAGUUUCUAGAGAACAUAUUGUCCAAAAAUGAUAAUAUGGGAACUUCCCCUUGAAUGUUUAUUCAUUUUUUGUCAAUGGAGAAAGAUUUUGAAAGAAUGCGGCU